UGAAGGAGACCAGGACCAACACUCCGUAGUUGGUGCUCCCAUAAUCAUAACCUGCUCGGACGACCCCUCGGACAAAGAGAUAGAACCCAUGGCCGGGAAGGGAAAACUUUACGGGAGUUGAUGGCCUCCCGAGGGAAAGGUCAAUCAUCAAAAGGUCAGUCAUCAAAAGGACCAACUCAGUCACAGGCCCAGACCCUUCCCCCUGUGGCCUCUCAGAUUCCCUCGGACCUAGGCUUUAAGGUUAAUCCGGACCUGAAGAAGAAAAGGCCGGUUGACACUCCUGAGGAGGGUGAGGUGGUUGCCCAGCCGACCAAGCAACAAAAGACCACCCGGGCGCCAAGGAGCAGAAGGGGUGACUCCGCAGAAAGCCGGGAUGAGGAGAACCGUGUUGAGGUGCGCGCCACCCCGCGCACAUGGAGCCCCAAGUUGGAGCUAGAUGGGGUUGCCAUUCCCUACAAUGCGUCAAUCCGAGAGUAUAACCGGGGCCGAGCAGGGUACGUAGCUGAUGCCUUGGAGCAACCCCUACUCCUUCCUCGGGAUAUGGAGGCUUACAGGCGGUUCUCUCAGCCCAAGAUUUUCCUAUCCCUCAAAAGGGAUCUCGCGAUGAUUACUCAGCAGGUAUUUGUGGCGGAGGAGUUUUGUCAUGAUAAUCGCAGUCGGGCUGAGGCUGAGACCCAGUCUCGGACGGAGAUGGAGAAAGCCUUGGGGUCCCUCAAGCACGAUCACCUUGAACUCACGGAGAAGUUCAAGGAGUCGGAGAAACGGCGCAAGAGUGCAGAGGCCAGUUUGAAAAGUGCUGAGACCCAGGUGGAGGAUCAGCGCAAAGAGCUGUACUCGACCCAGAUCAACCUUGCCACCGAGAAGCAGGCAGUGCUGGAUCUCAAGGUUGCCCUGCAAAAAAUCAAGGAUGAGCUGCGGCGGGUCAAAGAGGAGGCUCAGCUGAUCCGAGAGGCUGCAGAGGCUGAAAAGAGUGCUUCUCGCCAGCUCGAGGUCCAAGAAACGGAGGCCAGGCUAUCCGAGGAGAUCCCCGAGGUGUGCAGGGACUACUGCAGUAUCUCAUGGGCUCAUGCCCUUGAUGCUGCAGGAAUUCCUGCGAAUUCGGCGUUGAGACUGCCCGAGAACAUCUUCUAUCCUCAGGAGAUUCGAGAGAAUCCUGAUGGCGCCCAAGCGGUUUCGGAGCAGGAUCUGGCGGUGCCUGAUGCCGUCCCUGUGCCUGAUAAAGCGAAGGAUCCUACCACGGACCCUACCAUCGAGGCUCCUCCUCCUCAGCCAGAGCAGAAAGAAGAUCCUCCUGCUAAGGCUUAG